UGGCUUCUCAGCUUUGGGAGGGGAGGUGCUGGUGGCUGAAAGGGCGAGGGAAUUUUCCCCGAAAGCCUUUGCCUUGGACCCUUCGCAGCUCUGGCCGGAUCCACUUGCCUGCCCCGACUGGCUGCUGGUCGGGCUGCCCCGCCCUUUAAUGGGGAACAUUUGACCGCGACUUUGGUUUUCGGUUGCACUACGCGCAGAGGGUUUUCCCCUUCUGACCCUUUUAUUCCUGUCCCGGGCCGUCUUCGCCAUCCUCCGCUUCCAGCGGAGCAGAUCGCGGGUCCACUUGAAGUGCCCGCGCGGCUCAGCAGUGCGCUCCGCUCUUUCCCUAUCGCUGGCUGCGGGCGAGCCUUAGGAGGCGCCGGGCGUCGUGCGCUCCACCGACGCCGCGCCGGCAGACGGAGAGCUUGGGGUUCGCUUCUGACAGCACCCCCCGCCCCCUCAAGUUGCAGGCUUCGGGGAAGGCGAGGUCUGAUAGCACAGAGCGACCACAAGUGGACAGAAGUUGGAAUUUCUGCUUUCAUCCUCCAUAUCAUUCGACUCUUCAUUCAUUUUCUUCUUCUAAUUAGAAUGGAUGCUGAAUUUCAUGAAAGGCAUUGUGAGGGCACCAUGGAGGGCAGUGCAUAAGUAUAAGUGGCUGGCUGCCUGGAAUUUGAAGCUCAGUUCUACCACUUGAGAGCAUUGUAUCAAACCUCAGGCUAGCUGCUGACAAGCUCAGAUUCAUUGUUUGUAAAAAUGGAGAUAUUAGUCAGAUCUGCCUCAUGGGGGUUCAAUAAAUGGUGCAUGAACUAAAGCCUUUACUGUGCUGUGCAUGUCUUUGGACUGCAGUCAGCACUCCAUAAGCAAUGGCUAUUAUUAUCAUUGAUUUAUUAAGAUGUUGGUAUGAUUUUUCAGUGGGACAACUUAAGAUAAAAAGCUUGACUGGAAUUUCAGAUAGCGGUGGCUCAUCUUAUUAAGAGGGCACAUAUGUGUACCCUGUGUUUGAGCACCUGUGGUUUAAUUCAUAUUCUGUUUUUUCACUCUCACCUUCAAAAAUAUGUAUUCAUUUCAUCCAGUCAGCAAGAUUACGAAGCAAAUUUGUCUUCUGCUUUUCAAGGCUCUGUUUAUUCAGGAAGGAAGGGUGGAGUUGAGUUAAAUACUAAUUUUUGAAUUUUUUUUUUAUUUCUGAUAGUGGUGAUAAUGUGGAGUGUGUUUAUUUUUGUCUUCCUAUCCUAAUGUGCGUAAUAUUCAGAAAGUUAUCAAAAGGCUUGAUUGGUUAGUCAUACGCACAUAUAAACUGAGAGCUUCUUAUGAUGUAUAAAUACAAGCAUGCACCCUGCUACCAUCAUCUACCACUAGAAGUAUCCUGGAUGGACAGCUGUUGGAAACCCAAUGCCAUAGCCAGCUCUUCUUCAGUACUUAAGGAUUUAUCCUGGCAUUGAGUAAUGAGAAUUUUGAAACCAUAUUUGAGAAGUACUUGCAUCCAGUGCUACUUGUGUUUACUUCUGAACAGUCAUUUUUUAACUGAGGCUGGCAUUCAUGUCUUCAUUUUGGGCUGUAUCAGUGCAGGUCUUCCUAAAACAGAAGCAACCUGGCAGCACGUAAUAAGUGAUUUGAAAAAAAUUGAAGAUCUUAUUCGAUCUAUACAUAUGGAUGCCACAUUGUAUACUGAAAGUGAUGCUCAUCCCAAUUGCAAAGUAACAGCGAUGAAGUGCUUUCUCCUGGAGUUACGCGUCAUUUUGCAAGAGUCCAGAAAUUCAGACAUUAGUGAUACAGUAGAAAACCUUAUCAUCCUUGCAAACAGCAGUUUAUCGUCCAUUGAGUAUAAAACUGAAUCUGGAUGCAAAGAAUGUGAGGAGCUGGAGGAAAAAAAUAUUAACGAAUUUUUGAAGAGUUUUAUACAUAUCGUGCAAAUGUUCAUCAACCCUUCUUGAUUGCAACUGAUCCUUGUCAGCGUUUCUAUUAUUAACGAACAUCUUGCCACUGCUUAGAGGCAGCGAAGCGCUCAGCAUUUCAAAUGUGGUGCCAAAACAAGUUCUUCUAGCAAGAAGAUGCUCAGCAUCUUGGAUCAGAUGAGCUCUUGGAGGACAAAAAAAUGGCAUUGCAUACAGUGUCCAGGAACUGUUCUCAGACUUAUUUUAUUCAUUUAUUUUUAAUUUAUUAUUGAACUUGUACAUAUUUGUAGCAUAAUGUAAAAUGUUGAAUAAAAUUCUGUACAUAUUUUAUCCUUCGUAACUCCACUGAUAUUUUACCACUUAUAAGAAAAUAGAGUGUUGGGUUCAAGAGAGAUCGUCAAAUUAGUGAACAACCAGUGGGGCGAGGCACCGCUGCUACACGUAAAGACAGUGCCCUAACCAGUGUGGACCAUUAACUGCAGGCUUCGUUUACUUCUCUGUUAGAUGUAGCCCUUAGUGGAAGAACUGACUACCAAUGAGAAAGGAGGAACUAGGAAACCAGCACUUUAUUCUGUAAUUUAGCUAUUGAUAUAUAAAGCACUUCUAUGAAAGAGAGAAAUUACAAGUGCCUCAGAGUUCGCAUCGUGGCUCAGCAGUUAACAAACCCGACUAGUAUCCAUGAGGACACGGGUUUGAUCCCUGGCCUCGCUCAGUGGGUUAAGGAUCCGGUGUUGCCAUGAGUUGUGGUAUAGGUCACAGAUGCGUCUAGGAUCCCGCAUUGCUGUGGCUGCGGCGCAGGCCAGUGGCUGCAGCUCCAAUUCAACACCUAUCCUAGGAACCUCUGCAUCCCGUGGGUGCGGCCCUAAAAAAGACAAAAAGAAAAAAGAAAUUACAAGUGCCUGGCAUGGAAUAGGCAGCCGUCAAUGGUAGGUGGGGUGGGAAUAAUAAAUUCUCACUGACAGGGGGCAUCGUGUAUCAAAAAAGUAUAUGAACUAAGUUGUUUAUAUUUCAUGCUUUCCCAAGUAUGGGUAUUUUAUUUUUCCACAUUGUUUUUGCCAUGUUUGUAAAAUAAAAACUGCUGAUGAGUUAGAGCCAAUGUAAUCUGGCAUAAAAUAAUUGCUGCUUCUUUCUUUCUUUCUUUCUUUUUUUUUUUUUUUUUUUUUUUUAGUAAACCAUCUAAAAUUUUCAAGCUCUACUUGAAUGGAACUGGCUGAAAUGACAUAGUCUCCUUCUCAUCACAAAUUUCUUUCCCCUGGUCCACUUCUGGCAAUCUUCACUGAGAGACUACAGAGUAGGAAUUGAAUCCUAAGAAUCCAUUUCUCCCCAUUUCACAGUACAAACCAUUUCUCUAUUGAAACAUUCUUUUUUUACCCAGUGCCCCAAAUAAUGUACCUUAUACCAUUGGCCACACUUUUAAAAUACUGACCUAUAUUUUUAAAGUA